GGCCAUUCUUACUCCAGGAGGCGAGCGCGCCGGUGUCUUGUCCAGCACGAUGAGGAGUUGUCGCGGUCACCCGAGGCUUUGACUAAGACAGUUGAGCAGUGAAUGUGACCACAGUGUGAUUACAAGCUAAGCGCUACGUGCUUCUCAGAGUGGAUUAAAUACAGAUACGUUCAGGAUGUGGGCGAGCGCGUGGCCGCUGGUGCUGCUCGCCGUGGCGGCAGGCCUGGCGCAGCACUCCGACGACACUGCCACCACCACCUUCGUCACCGAUGUCGACCUCGCCGCCGUGACGGAGGCGACAACAAUCAUCCCCGACGUCCCGAUGACCACCGUCGUGCCGGUGGUAACGAAGCCCAACGCCUCGGGAGUGCCCGUGGACGAGCUGAUGAUAGUGGCGAAGCUGAACGGCGCUGCGGACGGGGCAGCCGCCGGGCAGCAGGACACCAGGGCCAGGAGGCUGCUCGUCCCCGGGGCCGUGGUCGUCCCGCUCGACCCCAACACCAGGCUGCCGCCGCCCUCCACACUCCCCUCGCUCGACGGUGACGCAGAGGAGGACUUCAUGGAGGACAUGCAGGAGAUCGAGCAGGGCUCGGACAUGGUCAUGGCGGAGCGCUCGGCAGCACCCGUCGCGCCCGUGCCGCAGCACCAGGAUCAGGAAGACGUGUUGUCGUUGUCGGACCCUCUGCCUCUCAACCACAAGAAGUCGCGGCGAGACUUCUCUCCCUCGGACACCAACAGCCUGGCCGGCAAGCAGCACCGUUUCGUCACGGUCGCGCCACCCGAACAAGAUAUCGAGAAGAAGAAAUACGAGCGCAUGAUGGCCAAGCUCCCGGUUAGAGACUACCCAGGCUACAACAUCACGGGCCGCGACAAGCCCUUGAACGUCGUCUUCGUGUUCCCGCGCGUGUCGGAGGGCAACCAGACCCGGCCCAGGGAGCUGGAGGUGGUGUUGGUCUUCCCCCAAGCAAACGCGUCCACCGCGGCCCCGUCGGCAACUGAAGCCACGACAACGUCAACUUCUGUCCCGUCAGUGUCCGUCGUCGACGAGGCCCCGGGAGUCGACGACAGCGACGACAAGCUGGAGUUGGCUUCCGAGAGGAAGGAGACCCGGGAGAGUGCCCCGAGCCACCUCACAGCCAACGACAUCACCAUUGUCCCCAGCAAGGCGACGUCCACUGUUGCGACUCCCACUACAUCGGAACCCACCACAGCCGCAACGACCACGAGCCCCUCUACCUCCACAACCACCCCAAGCACCACGCCGGCCCCUGUGACCACAACUUCCACCACCCCGGUUCCCACCAGCACGACGACCGUUGCCGUGCCCACGCCCAUCCCCGCCUUCCACCGUUGGAAGCAGGAGCCUGGUGCGUACCGUCAGGACAUCUACAAGAAGUACGCCAACAAGUACGCCAGCAGCCGUCCUCCACCCGUCUCCUUCUUUCGAAAGGAAAACGCCUCGGUGGCGACACGAAGGACCGGCGACGACGACGGCGAUCUAGACACGGGCGCGAGCGAGGUGCGGCACGCGGUCAACGAGGCGCCCUGGGCCGCGGCCCGACGGCGCGCCCCCGCCCCGGUGUACAUCCCCGCCCGCAUGCACGCCGCGCGGCCGCCGCCGCACUUCCCGUCGCUGCCGCCUACCGGGAUGCAGCCCAUGCUCAUCGUGGUGCCGCCGCUCGCGGCCAAGGCGAUCAACGACACUCUGCCGACAGCUGCCGAGUCAGCGACCCUGCCGGAGAUGAUGCCGGAGACCCUGCCGGAUGCCAUCUCAAUCACCCCCGAGACGUCCACCCUCGUUCCGAUCACCCCCGCGCCGGCCGUCCUCGUUCCAGCUGUACCAGUAUCCCGCGGCCACGCACGACGUGGUCGACCCCGCCACUUCAACGGCGGCCGCGGGCGUGCAUCCUGUCGAACAUAA